AUGGUCCAAUUGCAUUCACAGGCGCUGGGCGGUCGCCGGCGAAGAAGGAGGGGGGUGGAGCAAGAUAAAGACGGGGAGAAACAGUGGGCAGUCAGAGUGGCAAUUAAUCACAAGAAGGAUGACAAAAAGGUCACGCAGGUCGGAGUGAAGGAGCAGGUGAAGGCAAGGGACAAGACGGAUGAUGACUGGGGUAGACUCUUGUGCCAGAACGCUCCUGCCAUGCUAAAGACCCCAGAUGCCUCGGAUUGUAUGUAA